AUGACAAAAUUCAUUCCAAAACUUGGCAAGCAGAAUACAAUAUUAAGAGGAUUGAUGAAUGGAUUGCCGAAAAGGAAAAAACUAAAAAUAAAAAUUGAAGAAGUAAAUUAUAUUAAUCUAGCAAGACUCAUGAAAAUUAAAGAAAAUAUUAUUAACAAAGAUGCCUUGAUAGCCCGAAUAAAAAAGGAUGUUGCGGAAGAUAAGAGGUUGGUAGGAAAAAUUGUAUCCCAAGUAAAGUCAGCCAAAAAAAAUCCCCAAACUCGAUUAAACAUCGAGGAAAAACAAUUACGAGCUCACUUGCAUGAGGAGAUAAAAAAUUUGAAAGUUCAUCGUUCCUUGCCGAGAAAAGCCCGUAAUCCCCAAACUGGUGGGGCUUUUCUGGCAGGAAAAAAAUUUAGUGAAAAAAAAGAGGCAAAUCAGGUUAAAACUGAACAAAAAACUGAGUUAGAAAAACAAUUACAACAGUUAAAAAGUCAGUUGCAAAGGGAAACUAAUCCAGCCAAUAAACAAGAACUAGAAAACAAAAUAAAUGAAACAAACCAACAAAUUAAGAACUUAGGAGGUUCAACUACCCCUCCAACUCCUAAUCAAAAUCCACCACCUAAAAAUCCGUUUAAAACAAGUCGACAACUCACGGUAAAGUGUAAUGGUGCAUCAGGAGGAAAAUGUGAAUAUAUUAACAUUGCCAAUUCCCAAGAGCGAGUUUUAAUUGACACCAAAAACAAGAUUUUUUAUUCUGAUGAUGCCCUGUAUAUAAAAGGCAAUCAAUAUGUUAUUACUUUCAAUGAAGAAGACGCGCAAAAAAAAGGAAACAAUUUCAUUUUUGAUGAAAACAACAAUAAAAUUAAACUUACCCUUGCUACACCUAUCCCUAAACCAGUCCCUAGCCAAAUAGAAAUUGAAGUUAAAUGA